AUGCACGACAUCCAAGCCCUUUCACUCUCUGUACCUGAUAAGAAAGCCCGCGAAUACGGAGUUCCCAAUAUUGCUGCCGAGCAACUGAGCACAGUUGGUAAAAUUCCCGAGGACUACCGGAGUGCAUUGCAAUUCAAAGCCGAGUUGCGGGGCUUUCAAUCCUACCCCAUGCUGACGGCAGGGAUUCUUUGGGAAUCUCACGCUCACAUUGGUGGGUUCGGUUUCGCCCUGGCGUAUCCCACAAUUUGUCUUCCGAGGUUGGUGGGCACAGAUAUUAUCUCGGGCUGUCUCCGCUCGCAUUCCUGCACCUCGCCCUCGGACUCCCAAAGUUCUUUCUCAUCAGGCUGCCCGCUCACCGAGGGCGUCCAACGGUCAUUUGCCCCUGACCGGCACGCGCACCACGUCAGUGGCUGGUUCGGACUUGAGACCAACAGACUGACAACAAGGCUGGCUCGAGCCUUUACGGAUAUUCGUACCGGUUGUCUUGUGUUUCUAGCGGAACUAUGGCUCGGAAAGGUAGCCGAAAGAGUACGUAAAAUCAAGUGCGAUGAGAGCAGACCAUCCUGCAAGCGUUGUACCGCGACUGGCCGCAAAUGCGAUGGCUACCCACACGUCGCCGACUUGACAGAUGUCUCAUCCAGCUCCCCGGGUUCGGGUCCGUCUGUGGUCCUGACGGUCCAGCCAAGUCACGCCUCUCCGGGAGUCAGUUCUCCAAGCGACAACCGCGCUCUGCAAUACUUUGCUGAAGCCGUGGGGCCGCUCCUCUCAGGGGCCGUGGAUCCUUACUUCUGGACGCACAUAGUCAUGCAGUUCAGCACAUUUGAGCCGGCGGUAACGCACUCCAUCCUAGCCAUCAGCGACCUCUAUGAGCAGUUCCACACCGGGACUGACGAGAUCGUUGCCCCGCGGGACUACAGCUUUGCUGUGCGCCACUACAAUGCGGCCAUGAGAGAGCUGAUUGGCAUGAAGACGCAGGACAAGCACCCCACGGUCCUGCUUGUCUGCCUCCUGUUCAUCUGCAUCGAAUUUCUGCAGUCUGGGCGCGAAGCCGCUAUUAAGCACUGCAAGCAUGGGGUCGCGCUCCUUCGAAAUACCCACAGCGAGUUCCCCUGGACCAAGGAGCAUCUUCUCCCGCUUUUCCGACGCCUCACAGAGUACUCAUUCUUCUUCAGCGGCGAAAAGGCCGACUUCCCGGACCUGAGCGGACUGGAACAUCCUAUGCCCCCAAGCUUUUCCUCAUUCCAAGACGCCCAGUUGAUGAUUGACGAUCUCUACUGCCAAACUCUCCAGCUCAUGAAGCAAGGAUAUCCUUUUCGUUCCCUGUCGCCAACGGGAAAUGGCGUUCCCCCGAAAUUACUAGCGCGGCAAGAAUACGUCAAUAGUAUGCUCGACCGGUGGAGCAUUCUCUUCGCCCAGCUGAACAACCAAAGCAAAUACACGUCCUCGCCCACAACUAAGGCUUUCGAGGAAAAACCAGAUUACGUACCGAACAUGCUGCGCGGUUUCCUCUCCACUCGAUACGAGUGCUGCCGUAUUUGGCUGAAUAUGGCGUUUACUAACAAUUUGACGGGUUACGACAAGUACGUGCCAAAUUACAGCCAACUAGCAAAAAAACUCGCCGAAAUGGUCGUUCAAAUAUCAGAACACUCGAAGAUGGAAGGCGUCCAUGCCAAAACGUCCAAGUUCAUGUUCGAAACGGGGUACACGCCAAUGUUGUUCUUUUUUACGACGACGUGUCGUCAUCUGGAGACGCGGCUGGAAUUACUCCGGCUGAUGCCCAUCCUCGGGCUCCCGCGAGAGAAUCUGUGGGAGAUGGCGACGCUAGUUGCCGUGGCACGGAGGGUCAUUGAGCUCGAACACGGCAUUUCGCUGGACCCUGCCGGGCGACCUACGGUCCUGGUCUCACCCUCCGCGCCUCUGCCGCCAAACGAAAAGAGGGUGGCGGAUAUCUGGACGGAGCCCAAGACUGAAGAAAGAAAUAUGAACGGGCACGUUGUGCGUGGAAGAGUGGUUGGGUUCUUCAGACGUGAUAAGCCUGACGGUGGCACAUCUCUUCACACAGAGUUCGUGGAAGUAAGGAAUGUCAAGGAGGAGUUGGGCGAGGGAAUUGCGACUGUAGUGGUUCCAUAG